AAUCUCAUUGACGAGUGAUAAGUUGACUGGAGAAGAUUCAUACUCAAAUUAUUACUUGGUCAACAGAAUAGCGAAUAAACAGUCGCCAUGAUUUCGAAAUCGUUACUUGCCGUGGUACUAUUAGUCAGUCCUUUGUUAUGCGAUGCAGGAAAUUUGAGAAGACAGGUCCGCCAACUGGGCCAGGAACCGAUUGGACCCCUGCCCGACUGGGACGGUCCUUGUGAAGGCGCCUUCCCUGACCCCGAUGAUUGUCGCCAAUUCAUCGAAUGUUGGGCAGGCGAAGCCACCCUGUGGACCUGCACGGAGAGAAUGCUUUUCGAUUUAGAAUACUACGGAUGCAACUAUGCUCAGUACACCCACUGUUACGAGAGGCCAAGACCUACGGAUGUGCCCUCCACGCAAAAUCCUCCCGCCACCACGGUCCCCACGACGACGUCCAACGUCACCACGAGUACAACACCUGCACCACCAAUUGACUACACGUGUCCCGAGGGCGAUGGCGUCUUUGCACAUGAAGAACGUUGCGAAUACUACUGGAACUGCUAUGCGGGCGACGUUCAACUGAUUCACUGUCAAGGAGACUACCUUUUCGAUAGAAGAUACAAUGGCUGCAAUUUCCCCGAGAUGACAGACUGUGACCACAGGGAAAGGCCCGAUGGGAGUGGGUCCAACCCGACGACACGCCCCACACAGACGACCACGGUGAGAACGACGACUGAAUAUACCGGACCAACCACGCCGGAAGUGGAACCGACCUUUCAUACUGGACCGAGUGUGUCGACAACGACGACGACGACCCGAAGACCAGGAGGUUUCGAGUGCCCGGUUGAUGCGCCGGACGGUAAUCAUGCAGAUCCAGAUGAUUGCACGGCCUUUUUCACGUGCGUGGGAGGCAUCGCGUACCGGAAUCAGUGCCCAAUUCCGUUGUACUAUAGUAUUCCGGGGGAUAUGUGCGAUUAUAGGAAUAAUGUGGAUUGUGGGACGAGGCCAUAAGCGAUUAAGUAAAAAUGUUGACUGAUUUAUUUGUAUUUAAUGUAUAUAAUAAAUAAAAAUAGAAAAUCGAUCUCUA